AUGAAAUGUCGAGAACCCAGGUUAAAGUCGUGCUGUUGCUGCGUAAAUCUGAGGGCCGGCUGCAGUUUCCUGGCAGUUUUCGAGAUCUGCUCAUCGAUCCUGGGUCUUUUUGCGGGAGAAGGUGCUCGGUUGUUGGUGCUUGGCCGAGCUGCCUAUAUGAUGCAUUUCAUCGGCUCAAUUUUCCUUCUGAUAAGCAGUUUCUUGCAGAUCGAAGUGCUGGUCUUCAUCUAUUUGGUGACCAAUAUAGUUCAUCUAAUCUUUUCCACCGCCUUCAUCAUCGACUACGGAGUGAGCUGCGGUUUCUGCACCCUGGAAGCCAUUCCUGUUGUUAUCACCCUGCUUUUCAGCAUAUAUUUCUGGCUGGUGGCAUUCUCCUAUUGGCGACGCCUUCGAUGGGAAAACAAUCCCGAAAACGACGACUAAGGCCAGGGGGUAUCGUUAAUUCUGGAUCUUGAGUGUUUAUUCUGUGUGCCUUUUCUGUUGGUUUUUGCUCUGUGUACUUUUUUCGUUUUGGCCUUAAUUUCACACUAAUUUGUAAAUUUGCCUUUAAUGCCAAAGACAAAGAAAAAGACAAAAACGAAAAGAGCAAAGUUCCGCAAAUUGUUUGUACACAGAAAUAUAUAUAUAUUUUGUA